UAAAAAUGGAUUUCAGAAUGAUUUUUCGAAAAUUCAUAGGGUAUGCCGGGCUCCUUGGAUCCGACGUAUCAUUUGAAAGGUUGAUCCAUGAAAUACGGUUAGUUUCCGAUCAUUUCGUCCGGAAAAUCGUCGAUCCAGACACUGACCCAGGCGUCCAAUACGUACUGAAAAAAUUAACUCGUGAUGAAAUUCUAGAAUUUCUGAGAGCCCUCAAACAAAUAGUUGGAAGGCUUCUUGCGCUGCAGCCCUGGGUUUGGUCCAACAAUCCCUCGAAGGCAGGCGAGAUCAUUGCCGACGUUGAGACCAUGAGAAUAGGUCUUUUAAAGCUAUCGAUUCUUUUCUCCGAUUUCGAAGAACCGGUCAAUGAAGAAAAUAGAAUAUUUCGGCAAGAAAUCGCCGGUUAUGUUGAUUAUGUGAUGUCGAAUAUCCAGAACAUUAUAUUCAAUGUCAUUGAAAAAUAUGGACACUCAGUACUCUCCCAAGUGCCCGCAUUCCAGCAGCCGGGUGCUUGGAUGUCCUCCAUUGCGUGCACGACAACUAAUGUUCCCAUCAGAGAACUGACAUUCGAAGACUUCAGGAAGAUGAAAUCAGAUGAUCCGUUCAUAUAUAAAAUCCUCGAAAAUCGGCCUGGUGACCUUUCCACGGUCAUCAGAAGGUGCGAGAUAUGUAACAAUAAAAUCGAUCGACCAGUGAACGUCAUGAUUGUUGAUUGUUGCCGUCAUCUGUACUGCAGGCGCUGCAUGAGCAGCCUCAAACUGCCUAUUAACACACUAUGUAUGAGCAUUUGGUGCGGCCGCUUCAUCACGUACAGCGCCUCUGAAGCGACCGUCGAAGCACGAACAUCUUCGGAAGAAUCAGGGACGGCUCCACAAGAUGCAGGAGGUGCUCUGCAGGAAGUAAAAUCGGCUGCUGAGGAAGUAAAAGAUGCUAUAGGUGAAGCUUUGCUUAGUCUACAGGAAGCAAGACCUGCUCUGCAGGAAGCAGGAACUGCUCUGCAGGAAGCAGGAACUACUCUGCAGGAAGCAGGAACUACUCUGCAGGAAGCAGGAACUACUCUGUAUGAUGCAGAAAAUGCUCUGCUUGAAGCUGGAAUGGUAAUGCAGGAAGAAGAAAUUUAUCUGGAAGCAGCAGAAAUGUCUCUGCAGGAAGCAGGAAUUACUCCGCAAGAAGUUGGAACGGCUCUUCAUCAUGAAGCAGGAUCUAAUCCACAAGAAGCGAGAUUUGCUCUGCAUGAAGCAGGGAGUGCUCUGCAGGGAGCAGAUCGGUGUCUGCAGGAAGCAAAAACUGCUCUGCAGGAUGCUAAAUAUACUCUGCAGAAUGCAGGAAUUUGUCUGCAGGAAGCUGGAUGUCAUCUAGAGGAUGCAAAAUCUGCUCUGGAGGAAGCUGGAACUGCUCUGAAAAAUGUUGGAACUGCUCCGCAGGAGGUAGAAGCUGCCCUGCAGGAAGCAGGAACUGCUCUGCAGGAAGCUGAAUCUGCUCUGCAAUGGUCAAACAUUGAUUUGAAUGACGCAGGAGCUGAUCUGCAGGAAGUAAAAACUGCCCUGGAGGAACUAGGAACUUCUGCGCAGGAAGCAGGAACUUCUGCGCAGGAAGCAGGAACUUCUGCGCAGGAAGCAGGAACUUCUGCGCAGGAAGCAGGAAUUUCUGCGCAGGAAGCAGGAAUUUCUGCGCAGGAAGCAGGAACUUCUGCGCAGGAAGCAGGAACUUCUGCGCAGGAAGCAGGAACUUCUGCCCAGGAAGCAGGACCUUCUGCGCAGGAAGCAGGAACUUCUGCGAAGGAAGCAGGAACUUCUGCGCAGGAAGCAACUACUAGUCUGCAGGAAGCAGGAGCCGGUCCGCAGGACGCUGGUGCCGAUCCGCAGGAAGCAAGGGCUGGUUCGUAUUAGACGUUAUUACAUUUGAAUCUGCGUUCGCUUGAUUGUCACAGCUUGAACAUUUAUUGCCUAUCGUGUCAACGCUUAACUUUCGAGCAAUAAAGAAUACCAGAAAGCCUACAAGCAAAGUAAAGUUUUUAGGCUAGUUUGACAGCAUUCCAAUAUUCAUUUUUAAUCAAGAAUAUUAAGAACGUUUUUUUACCAAUAGUUACAUUAUUGUUACUAAUUACGGUUUGAAUCAAUAAAAUUUAUCGAUGUCAUCGAUGCAGGGCUGAGUUUGUUAUCGAGAAUGCUAAUGAAACAUUUCCCUGAUUGAACUUAUGACGCCCGAUUUUGUCCUUACUCCCAUGGUUCUUUUGUAACUUGGUAAGUAAGAUUAACUAUUCAUAUUGGUGUGCAAGUUAGUCUGUAUAAAAGACUCGCCGUUUGCUCGAGUCCUCGGGUAAAUUAUGGGGCUGCUCAUGAAGUGCCUAAGACUGGCUAUACAUUUUUGUAAUCCAGCCUCUAAUCUAUCCCAGACAUGUGCUAAUAUUAUUAAUUAUAUCUAAUGCUAAGUAAGCUUUGUCGGUAAUAACUAAUUGUCAAUAAUUUGAUAGGGAGAGUUCUCGGCAUCUGAUUCUUCUUAUUAAAUGAUUUUUUUAAUAAU